CAACAGCUGAGCCACCAACUCGUCCUCACCCACGGGCUGCUGUGCCACCUGAAGGGAAAUAAGAAGGCUUGACAUGAAUUCUCUCCCAGAACCACUCCGUUCAGCUGCUCGACAAGCUCGUUUCUCCUGCUUACUACUGCUAGGUACUCUUCGCGUACCGCCAUCUGGCAUCUGCUAUCAUCCCUCGCCAUCGCCAUCCACUCUCAUCCACCCCGUCAGGAUUGGACUCUAGCACAUUGUCCAUCUCGGGCAAUUCGCCUAUCCUCGACUGCACGCUGCGGCUGCGGCUGCAACUCCACCUCCACCUCCACCCCUAGACCGAGUUUCGCUGCGACCUGUGACCGCUAGCUCUAGUGAGCCCUGCAGACUGCCACAGCUGCCACAGCUGCCAUAGCCCAAAGUUCAAAAACUGCCCCCAUAAUCUUACGGCCCCCCGACCCAACGACCAUCUGUCACAUCUCACGCUGUUCGCCAUUAUCCUUCUCUUUUCCUUUUCUCUUCGGGCAAAACAAAAAAGUUGAUCUUGUAACCAUCUUCUUCUCAUUCUGCAUCUUCGACCACUUGUUUCUCACAGACGUCUCUCGUUUGCAAUUGUACUGGCCCUGAAGAGCGAACAGGGUUCCGAACUUUGAUCUCUUCCCCGCACCUGAAACCCGUUUCUCUCCAAAACGGCUCAGCUGAACUGAAUCUACAAAAAAAGCGAACUCGUCUCACUUCUUCAGCACACAUCCUCUCUCAACAGCCAGAGAACAUCAGAUCAGCAUGGUCAAUCCAGGCCGCGUUUGCUGCAUAGCAGCGCCCUUUCUGCUCUCAAUAGGCGUCCUAAUAUGUGUGGUACUGGUUUUCCUUGCCGGGACCUUCGACCGCAACAAGACGCUGGACGACCUAUACUUUAUAAAGAUCGACAUGACCAACCUCACAUUAACCUCCUCCGCCAAUCUACUCUCAGGAGAUAACUCCAAUACCACCCUACUAGGUGGCGCCCUCGAAGCGGCCAAGCAAUCCCUAGGCAUGAAAGAUUUCUACACCGUCUACCUCCGCAGCUACUGCAGUUGGAAUGGCAACGACACCUUCGCAAACUGCACCGAUCCCAAAUCCUACUUUUGGUUCAACCCGAUCAAGAUCUGGGGCUUGAACAGCACUGGUGUCCCCGUCGACGACUAUCUGCCCAAGAGCUUUAGGGACGGAGUGGAUGUGUAUCACGACGCCUCCAAGGCCAUCUUCUACUUGUACAUUGGCGCACUGAUUGCCUCGGCCAUCACCAUUCUGGUGGGUAUCUCGGCCAUAUUCUCGAGAUGGGGCUCCUUCUUCACCACCUUCUGCGCCUCCGCCAUGGCUCUCCUUCUCGUGGCGGGAUCCAUCACCGCCACCGCCGUGUACAUCGUCCUGAAAGCUGCCUUGAACAACACCUUGAAGAAAGAAUACGGCAUCAAUACCACCUUGGGCGGGUCUGUGUUCUCGGUCACCUGGAUCGGCAGUGCCUUUGCCGUCGGGGCGGCAUUCUUCUGGUUGCUGAGUGUCUGCUGUUGCAGUGGAAGGAGUCCUUACAACCCAGGCAGCAAGGAGGCCAGACGCACAAGGGCUGAAAAGACACCGUAUACCUAUGAGAGGGUGGGCAGCCCGUAUAUGGGCCCGAGUGAUCAGCAGAGCGUGCCAUUGAACACCCUCGGCCCCCAGUCGUACGCGCCGCAGAGAGGCGCCGCCUACGAACCAUUCAGGCCGCAGGGUGUUUGAACCAACGUUUUUCGACGAAACUUUUAAUCGGGAGCCGGAGUCGGUGUAUGGCUUAGGUUUACGUCGCCGCGAUGCUGACAACUGCAGGGGUCAGGAAAAAGGGACAGGAAAUGAUCUGGAGUUGGAGUAUAUAUAAACAUAGGUGUGCUAGCUGUCGGCGCGGGACGAUCUAGGCAUGUAACGAUGGGAUCUCAGCGCGCUGGCUGGCUGGAAACAAUACUACGGGGUUCCAAUUGUUGAUCUGUGCAAUACAGCACUACAGGAGUUCGAACUGCUGAUCUGUGGAAUACAAUGCGCCGUGAUCUGGAAGGAGAGUAAACAGAUAGCCUGCAGCUUGCAGUCCGCCAUCCAAGAAGCUUCCGGACCACUAUCUAUCUGUACCAAGCUAUAUACCUAGCAACUAAGUAACUAGUAACUGGAUGUGUCGGGCCACUGUUAUCGGGUAGCUAGCUACUUGUUGAGAAGUUGACAGCCGGCGCGCGACUCUCCUUGUCCGAGCGACUACGAGAUACCGAUGUAGGUACAUCCAGUGCCGAG